AUGGCCCGUACAAAGCAAACUGCUCGUAAAUCAACUGGGGGAAAAGCACCAAGAAAACAACUCGCUACUAAAGCUGCUCGUAAAUCUGCACCAGCAACUGGAGGAAUUAAGAAACCCCACAGAUACCGUCCGGGAACUGUUGCUCUUCGUGAAAUCAGAAAGUACCAGAAAUCGACUGAACUUUUAAUUCGCAAAUUUCCUUUUCAACGUUUGGUUCGCGAAGUUGCUCAAGACUUCAAAACUGACCUCCGCUUUCAAUCAUCUGCUGUAAUGGCUCUUCAGGAGGCUACUGAAGCAUAUCUUGUGGGACUUUUUGAAGAUACAAAUCUUUGCGCUAUUCAUGCCAAACGUGUCACUAUUAUGCCAAAAGACAUUCAGUUGGCCAGAAGGAUCCGUGGAGAACGUGCUUAG